UUCAACCGUCGAUUCUCGUUCUCUGAAACGGACGGCAUCGGAUGAGCAAUCUCCUGUUUCUUACCUCUCCUCCUUCCUCCUCUUGCUCUCUUUCUCGCCUUGCUCCUGCGCCAUUUCCUCCAGUCUUCGUCCCUCUUCCAGUGUUUUUGUGUUCUGCAAUGGCAGCUCUUCUUCCUUCUCUGCUCAGGCCUCCCUCCUUGGUUUCAUAAGGCACCAAUCUCCACCACUUGGUGUUCUGGAAAUUGGGUUAAAGAAAUGCAGCAGCUCCCCAGAUCGUAGUCUAUCUCUCUCUCCCCCUCCCUCUCUCUCUCUAUACGACUAUACUUCUUCUUCUUCUUUGACUGAGGCCCCAAACAUGCCGGUAUCCACUCGGUCUCACAUCUUGACGACCCAAGAUGAUUCUAACCAAAAAGCUCGAGCCAGGAUCGACCGUCGACAGGAUCAAGAAGACCUGACGCAACCGGUUGGGUCGCUUCUGAAAAACCCCCACCAUGGAUUGAAGGAGAAGAUGAAGGCACUCACGGUCCUCUACGAGCAACAAGUUGCAUCCAAGAACACGGCCGGGCCGAGAACAGAGGAUAGGAAAAGGUACUCAACCCAUCCCAGCGUUGAUCUUGUUAGGUCGGGAAGACGGAAUUCAAAUGGUGGUGCUAGUAAGGAAGAUGAUGAGGCGCUGAAGAAGCAGAUAACGCGUGCCGACACCGAGAUUGGCGGUAGAAGAGGCAACAUAAUGAAGGAAAAUGCAAUUUACAGUGGUUUGAAGACAGAAAAGAGGUCGACUGUAGUUGCAGAGGAUUUGAACAGCUGGGGCAAAGGGGUGCAUGCUAAGGAGAACAUGAUGGGGCUCGAGAGGAUGGGACUUACUUGUCCAAGACCGCAGAAGCCAUCAGCUCCAUCGGUUGUUAGGAGGCUAUCAAUGACGGCGGCCGUGCCGCAGCCUGAGGACAAGGUUAAUAUGGCACAAAAGACUGGGAAUGAUCUGGGAGCAGUCCCGGAGAUAUCCGACAUUGGAAGUAGAAUUCUGGUUUUUGUUAGAUUGAGGCCCAUGUCCAAGAAAGAGAAGGAAGCUGGUUCUCAUUGCUCUGUUAAAAUCCCCAAUAAGAGAGAUGUCUAUUUAACAGAGCAUGCUAGUGAAAAUGACUAUCUUCGGUUGAAAAGGCUUCGUGGUAGACAUUUCACGUUUGAUGCUUCGUUUCCUGACUCUACCACUCAACAGGAGGUCUACACCACAACCACGGCUGACCUUGUUGAAGGUGUGCUUCAAGGCAGAAAUGGAUCCGUUUUCUGCUAUGGUGCUACUGGGGCUGGCAAGACGUACACAAUGCUGGGCACGUUAGAGAAUCCAGGGGUUAUGGUCCUGGCUAUCAAAGAUCUAUUCUCAAAAAUUAGACAGAGAAGCUUCGAUGGAAAUCAUGUUGUUCACCUGUCAUACUUGGAGGUCUACAAUGAGACCGUCAGAGAUUUGCUGUCCCCUGGCAGGCCUCUGGUCCUCAGAGAGGAUAAACAGGGAAUUGUGGCGUCGGGUCUUACUCAAUAUAGAGCCUAUUCAACAGACGAGGUGAUGGCAUUGCUUCAGCAGGGGAAUCAGAACAGAACAACUGAACCGACCAGAGUCAAUGAGACUUCCUCCCGCUCCCAUGCUAUUCUUCAGGUGGUGGCAGAGUAUAGGGUGAAGGAUGCAUGCAACAAAGUUGUGAACAGAGUGGGAAAACUAUCACUCAUCGAUUUAGCUGGUUCAGAGAGAGCUUUGGCAACUGAUCAACGAACUGUUAGGUCAAUCGAAGGUGCCAACAUCAACCGUUCUCUACUUGCUUUAAGCAGCUGCAUCAAUGCACUGGUGGAAGGAAAGAAACACAUCCCGUAUAGAAAUUCAAAGCUCACCCAGCUCCUGAAGGACUCCCUAGGUGGAUAUUGCAACACCGUUAUGAUAGCAAAUAUCAGCCCGAGCAGUUUGUGCUUCGGUGAGACACAGAACACGCUACAUUGGGCUGAUCGAGCCAAGGAGAUCCGCACGAAGGCCUGUGAAUUUGGUGAUGAAGGUCUAGAUUUGGGCAACUCUGAAUUUGGAAGUGAUCAGGCGAAGCUGUUGCUGGAAGUGCAGAAAGAGAACAGGGAGCUGAGAACGCAACUAGCUCGCUGCCAGCAAAAGCUACUCACAGCUCAAGCACAGUCCCUAGCAGCCAAUGCAGCUGCAUCACCGGCACCUUCAGCUGGAACUGCUGCCUCCCCGCUACUGUCGCCUGCAGGUUCUGUAACAAAGAAAGAAAGACGACGCACCAACAAUGCUUCCAGCUUGUGCCCACCAACGCCAGAGCCAGAGAUCGUUCGCAAGUUAAAGCAAACCGUUCAAACUCUCGAGAGUGAGAUAGAGAAGAUGAAACGAGAUCAUGCUCUUCAGCUGCGGCAAAAGGAUGAUUUUAUCAGAGAACUUUGCCAAAACCGGCUGCAAAAGGAAGCAGCAGUAGCAACCGAAGCACCACCACCAUCCCCACCACUUGGGAACCUGCAUACAGUCGAUAGUAAAGCAAAAAAGGCAUCAUUGAAGUCCAAUUGCAACAAGCAUGUCCUGACCAGAUGCUGUGGAGCAGCAUCAGCUGCGGUAAGGACCGCAAGGAGGAGAGCAGGAACAGCUGACACAGAUACAGUUGAAGGGCAGCUGAAGAGCCCCUCUCACAGGUUUGUGUCACCAGUACCGACAGCAAAGAAGAGGAGCUUCUGGGACAUCACCACCGCCAACAGCCCUUCCGUAGCCUUGGUCAAUGGAAGGAGCACUAGGAGCCAUGUAGCUGCCACCCAGCAAGACGCUCCUUCCAUGCUCUUACAGCUUGCCUAUCCGUGUUUCUGGUUUGUGUUAAUGUUGGGGCCCCAUCUCGUCAAUUACAUGAUCCAGCCCGGCUUUGCACGCCAGAGACCUGCCGUUUCCAGCAACGAAUGACCACGACGACAAUGGGGAUUGAUGAUGGUGGUGGUCAUGGCUGCUCCUUCUAUCAUUCUGCCAACAGAAUCGUCAGCAGCCGCAUCAACCGAAGCUUCAUUCCGGCUGCUGCUCUUUCUCUCCUUUCUCUUUCUUUUACGUCUUUAAAGAAAAAAAGAAACUGAGGAAAACAUAGGCCUUUGUGUUUCCUUGUUUGUUCUUCCUAUUCAAUUUCUGUGUACCAUAUUUGUUUGGUGGUGGGCACGCGUUUUGUUGCCACUCCUUGCUUAAUCAUUUUACAUAAAAAGCUUCGUUUGUAUUUUUCUUA